AUGUUCAUGGCUGUUAAUUCUGGGAGUGGAGGCAGAUGUCAUUGCUGUCCUGACUGUUCUUCCCUUGUUGCAGUGCACGAAGGCAGCCCUCUGGGUGAACUUCAUCGCUGUAUCCGGGAGGGGGUGAAGGUGAAUGUGCACAUCCGUACUUUCAAGGGACUUCGGGGUGUCUGUACAGGCUUCCUCGUAGCAUUUGACAAGUUCUGGAAUAUGGCACUUACUGAUGUGGAUGAGACCUACAGAAAACCUGUUCUAGGCAAAGCAUACGAACGGGAUUCUUCGCUGACUCUCACGAGGCUCUUUGAUCGGCUGAAACUACAGGAUUCCUCCAAGAAGGAAGCAGAUUCGAAGUCUGCAGUUGAAGACUCCACUCUGUCCAGAUACUCGCAGACAUCUACUUGGAAGGUGGCUUCCGUGUGGGGAAGAGGAGACACUGACCGAAGCUCCCACAGGCGUUCCCGCUCUGUUCCUUCUUCCCUGCAGGCCUCUGCUAGGGAGGAGUCCAGGUCCGAGCUGUCAGGGAGGACUACAAGGACAGAAGGGUCCAGUGUGGGAGGUACCUUUUCCAGGACCACCACCCUUUCCCGGGGCCAGCCCCGAAAGAAAAAGCGAAAGCCCAAGGUGGAUUACCAGCAGGUAUUCACUCGACACAUAAAUCAGAUUUUCAUUCGAGGUGAGAAUGUCUUGCUGGUUCAUCUCGCACAGUAACCAGCUCAGCCUCAUUUGAGCUUUGGUGUUUAGAAAUAAAGUGCAUGAGUUACCACUGUGCUGUGCCCUAGUAUCCCAGUGAAACUCUGAGUUGGAAUGAUUCCCUCUGGCCCUACACAUGCAGAGGACAGAGCAGGCUCAACCCUCUGGAAGAUGAGCUCAAGGGGACAACAGGCCUUGGCAGGGUGGGUGUUUGAGUUCAUGUUAAGGUAGAAGCCAUGCAUGUGAUUGGGCAUCAUGGUCUACUUCAGUCAUGUGAGCCAAAUCUAUAAGAUUUUGCACUUAGGGAGCACAGUAUGAGUAGAAUUCACUCUUCGGUGACUAUAGAAAAAAAUUCUCUCAAAAGAACUAUCUAAUUUUGAAAAGCUAGUGCCCCAAGUACUCGUGAAUUUGAUUCUAAGGGUGGCAGUGUUAAUUGCCCUGGAGCCCUGCAUCCACAUCUUAUAACUGACCUUCGAGUUUGGCUCAAAGCUAGUCUGUUUUGAUCAAGAAAUGAAAUUUAUUAUCUUUGAAUAUCUAUAAGGUCUAGGAAAGUUACCAACUUACAUAGGGGCGAAAUUUAGGUAGGUGAUGUGCUCAGAGUAGCCGGUGCUGAGUGCUCUGUCUUGAUCCCUCUCCUUGCUAUGGAAAGGAAUACAGGCCCUCUUCAGUGUUCCUCUCACCAGAGAUAGCCUCUGCAGAUGGUGUGCCAGAUGAGGCCGUAACUUGCUUGUGUGGUGCCUCCCGUCCUCUGUGCUGACUUCUGUGGCAUGGUGCUAGUGCAUGUCCCCCGUGGCAUUGCCUCCCUCUAUGUAAUGUGAACUGUCCUGUGAGCUUCAUGGCAGGAGACUGUGACCUUCAUGUCUAGCUUCAUUGAAUUUGGCAUGAACUCAGUAAUAUACCCAUACACACGACUGAGAGUCCCCUUUCCACAUGGGGCCGGCCUUAUGUAGACUCUUUCAGAAUGGUUUACCAUGUGGUGGUAGUUUUAUUCCUUGAGUCAGUGUUCACAGGGACACUUUCCUCACAGCCCGGCUUGAGUAAUAGGAGCACCAUCGGGCCCAGGGCUGCUUCUACUUGAGCCAUACUAUCAUAUGCUUCGUAAAUUGCCAGUGCAGAAUAGGCUGCAUUUUGACACAGACUGUUAGGCAAUAUUGACUUUUUGUUAUGUUUAUAUUUGUUUUAUCUUGAGUAACUUACAUUCAAAGUGACAAGAAACAGCUAACUAGUUAAAAUGUAUGAAAAGAGAAAUUUCCUGUUGUAUUCGUUGUUUAGUUUGAGUCUUCUGAGAUACAGGGUGAAUAAUGUUUAGGGAACUGAAAUACCUGGUUCUUCUAGCUAGACCACUGGCUCAUUAGACAAUGAAAGGCGAGCAGAUUUAUCCCCUCUGUGCCUCAGUUUCCCCUAUCAAGACACCUACCUCACCAGGACAUUGUGACAAAGAAUUUUAGGAAGGCAUUUUACAGCCUCUAAACCUGUUUAAGUGCCACGAGUAAUUUUUACUCACUCUAUUUCACAGCUCUGUAAGAAUUCUACAUCUUAUGAACAGGGCAG